CUGAUGAGUUGAAUCAGGUGUGUUGGAUGAGCAUACAAAAUGUGUAGUGCUGGUUUGAAAACCCCCUGGCCUAUCCUAACUUUAACUAAAAGUGAAAUUUAAAGAUGGACUUUGAGAUUCAUUUCUAAGUUGUUGUUUUUUUUUUAAAUGGCGUCUAGAUCAUUUUCUGAGGAGGAUUUAUCUUGUCCGGUUUGCUGUGACAUUUUUAUAAAUCCUGUUCUCCUGCCAUGUAGCCACAGUGUUUGUUCAGUCUGUAUUCAGAGGUUUUGGAACAAUAAAAGAUUUAAAGAGUGUCCGGUUUGCCGAGGAAGAUCUUCAAAUGAUUGUCCUCCGUUGAAUCUGGCUUUGAGGAACCUGUGCGAGAGUUUCCUACAGGAGAAAAGAUCUUCAUCUGGAGAUGAAACGGUCUGCAGUGUUCACAAUGAUAAACUCAAACUCUUCUGUCUGGAUGAUCAACAGCCCGUGUGUUUGGUGUGUCGAGACUCCAGAAAACACUCCAAACACAGAUUCUGUCCCAUCGAUGAAGCUGCGAUGGACAAUAAGGAGAUACUCAAAGCUUCAUUGGAAGACUUACAGGAGGAACUGAGAAUAUCUGUGAAUCACGGACAGUAUCUGUGUGAAACUGCUGAAGAUAUUAAGUUUCAUGCUCACUACACAGAGACGCUGAUUAAACAGGAGUUUGAGAAACUUCACCAGUUUCUACGCAACGAAGAAGCGUUCAGAAUAACAGCGGUGAGAGAGGAAGAAGAGCAGAGGAAUCAGAUGAUGGAGGAGAAGAUAGAGGAGACGACGAAACAGAUUUCAUCUCUCACAAACAUAAUCAGAGACAUAGAGCAGCAGAUGAAGGCUGAAGAUGUUUCAUUCCUGCAGAACUUCAAGGCCACAUUGCAAAGAGCCCAGUACAGCCUUCCAGAUCCAGUCCUCAGUCCAAGUGUGAUGAUCACUUUCACAGAUCACCUGACCAACCUGAAGCUCAGUGUCUUACAGAAGAUGCAGGACAAUGCUGGUGAAACUUCAGACUUCAGCAUUAAUAAUUCUUGUUCCCUAUUUGAUGAAUGGCAUCUUGGCACUGGCCCUGUGAAUCAUCUCACCACCUCCCAUGAGAGAGACAAAAAUGAAGGCCGAGUUUGAAAAUCAUAAGAUCCAGUUGUCAGAAAAUGGAAUGUUGAAAUGUCAUCAAUUUUUGGUACAUGAUCAGUUUUUCUUUUUUUUUAAGGGUGAAGACAAACGGGUAGCCAAUAUAAACAUGAAAAAUCAAUGCUGAAAUAAUAAAUAUUUUGACAAAGAGGAACAAAGUUUCUUUUUUUUAAGCUGAAACAUUUUUACAAACUUGCAUAGAAAAUGAGCACUUGCUUGUGGAUAUGAUAUUUAGCCUCAAUAAAACAAAAUGUACAA